AUGCAUAUUAGAAAGCACUGGCAGGAGCUCGUUCCGAGAGGAGGGGGAUUGGUCCAGGUAAAGAAUGCCGCAGGUCACGAGAACCUGGGUUCACCAAUCGUUCCCAAAAAGCAAGGGGAAUUUAGCAACUUGUACAUGGUUUCAUGGGUACACCAACUGCAUUGUUUAUAUUUCGUCAUGAACGCCUACGACAUGGUGCUGCGCAACGGCCCAUCCGGCGCCGAGACGCACGUCCCAGAAGGACACAGCUCGGUUCAUAGCCGCCAUUGUUUUGACUAUCUAAAGCAGGUCAUUCUUUGCAACCUGGACAUGACCCUCGAAGGGAGCAAGGCGCAUCACGAGGCAGGUACUGAUGGAUACGGUCAGCAGCACGUGUGCAGAAGUUACCCUGAAGCCUUGGAUUGGAUAGAUGCUCGUAGGCCUUGGGAUACGCGGGACUUUAUUGACUUGCACGAGGGAGGAGAGGUGUAG